UUCAGACCUAUAAAUGGACUCCCAUCUCACUCUGCUCUGAAUCGCCUCAUUCUGACAAACUCUCUGCUGAAAACGUCGAACGCUGCACUACAUUAAGAUGUCAGACUUAGAGAACUGCCUGGGAACCAUCAUUGAGGUCUUCCACAAAUACUCGUCCAAAGAAGGCGACAAGUACAAAUUAAAAAAGACCGAACUCAAGGAGUUGCUCACAAAUGAAUUUCCGACUCUUACCGAGCAUGUGAAAGAUCAAGCAACAAUGGACAGUUUGAUGGAAAGCUUGGACACCGAUGGUGACUCGGAGUGUGAUUUUCAGGAGUUCAUGACCUUCAUCACCAUGGUUACCAUCUGUUGCCAUGAUUUUUUCGAACACCACGAAGACGAAUGAGUUGAAUUUAAUAAAACAAGUUCAGUUUUCGUAGUUUAAGAAGUCACAAUACAUUCCUUCUCUUAAAGUUUGCUUUGUUCUUUAUCAUUUCAUAUUAGGAUUGCUGUUUUGUUUGGAAAGAAUGUACAUGCAGCUUGUACGACAGUUUGUUUGGCUUAUUUUGCUAGACUCAAAACUAGUUCAUAAUUUAUUACAAAACAGGUUUCCAUUAUUUUGUCUAGCCAUUUUUUUUUUCUCCAAGACAUCCCCAUCAUAAAUCUCAUUGUGUGAAAUGCAGACCAGGUGUUGUACUUUUGCCAUUUCAAUUCUAGGCUGAUUGCUAAAUGUUUUUUUUUUAUUAGGCUGCUAUUGACUUACGUCGGAUUGUUCUGGGGCCUGAGACAAAUCAUACUGUGCUUUAAAAAGACCCACCAAAGGGAAUUAUUCUUUUGAAAAUAUAUAAUAUGAUGUUUAAAACCGUCCCAUAUGUUAUUAGAGGCAUGAAAACUCACGUUUUUCAUGUAUUAAAUGUCCAGAAUAUUUACUAGUAGAUUUAAUAGUACAUGAAAUGUGUUUUCCAACUGUAACCUAAGCUAACAGUCAAUGUCAAAACAUCAGGCUUAAUUCAUGAAACAAGGCAUUUUCUGUGUAAAUCGUGCAUAAAUCUACUUGCAUGCAAAUUAUUAAACUGAAUGCGACAAUUUACUUAAGAAUGUAUUAUGAACAAUUUACAAAAAUGUGUGUAACAAGGCCCUACAAUGAAUGUUUCCUUAUAAAGCUAAACAAAAGAUGAACAAGUUUCAGAAGCCAAACUUAUGGAAUGAAAUCUAGCGAAAUAAAAGUGUGAACAAAUUAAAUUUUAA